AGAAGACCCAAAACAGGAACAGCAGUGGCAAAUCACUGUGCGAGGGCGAGUGGACCUCCCUCUCUGCCUCCUCCCUGCUCCAGACGCAGGUCCCCUGGGCUCUGCGCUGUUGUUUUCAGCACUCCGAAAAGCUGCGCUUCAGAUCCAGGCAAGUGAAUCAAGCCAGGGAGUUUUCCAUUCAGCACCUCGGACAGAGCACGCAGCAAAAAAAUGGCUCCGAUCUCUACCAGCCGGGAAGAUUUCGAUGAAAUCCCUGCAGUGGUGGGGAUCUUCAGUGCAUUUGGCCUUGUCUUCACAGUCUCUCUCUUUGCAUGGAUUUGCUGUCAGAGAAAAUCAUCCAAAUCUAACAAGACACCUCCUUACAAGUUUGUGCAUGUGCUCAAAGGAGUUGAUAUUUAUCCAGAAAACCUAAAUAGCAAAAAGAAGUUUGGAGGAGAUGACAAACAUGAAGUGAAGAAUAAGCCUGCUGUGCCAAAGAGUUCACUGCAUCUUGAUCUAGAGAAGAGAGAUCUCAAUGGCAAUUUUCCCAAAACAAACCUCAAAGCUGGCACUACUUCUGAGCUGGAGAACGGGACCUCAAAGUUCUUCCCAGAAGGAGAGAAAGAAGCAAUUUCUCCUGAUAGCUUAAAGUCUAGCACUUCCCUUACUUUAGAAGAGAAAGAAGAGAAGCUGGGCACUCUCUUUUUCUCCUUAGAGUACAACUUUGAGAAGAAAGCAUUUGUGGUGAAUAUCAAGGAGGCCCGCGGGCUGCCGGCCAUGGAUGAGCAGUCUAUGACCUCUGACCCAUACAUCAAAAUGACAAUCCUCCCAGAGAAGAAGCACAAAGUGAAAACCAGAGUGCUGAGAAAGACCCUGGAUCCAGCAUUUGAUGAGACGUUCACAUUCUACGGGAUCCCCUACACCCAGAUCCAAGAGUUGGCCUUGCACUUCACCGUCUUGAGCUUUGAUAGGUUUUCAAGAGAUGACACCAUUGGAGAAGUCCUUAUUCCUCUUGCAGGAAUCGAAUUGUCUGAUGGAAAAAUGUUAAUGAACAGAGAGAUUGUCAAGAGAAAUGUUAGGAAGUCCUCAGGACGGGGCGAGCUGUUGAUCUCUCUCUGCUACCAGUCCACUACGAAUACCCUCACUGUGGUUGUCCUGAAAGCGCGACACCUGCCUAAGUCCGACGUGUCUGGACUUUCAGAUCCUUACGUCAAAGUGAACCUGUACCAUGCCAAAAAGAGGAUCUCCAAAAAGAAGACACACGUGAAGAAGUGCACCCCCAAUGCAGUAUUCAAUGAACUGUUUGUUUUUGAUAUUCCUUGUGAGGGUCUUGAAGAUAUUAGUGUUGAAUUUCUGGUUUUGGAUUCUGAAAGGGGGUCCCAAAAUGAGAUAAUUGGGCGGUUGGUCCUGGGUGCAACAGCAGAAGGAACCGCUGGGGAGCACUGGAAGGAGAUUUGCGACUUCCCCAGGAGACAGAUUGCCAAGUGGCAUAUGCUCUGUGAUGGUUAGCAACCCAGCCAGGAGCUGGAGCUUAAGGGUUUUUCCUAGGCAAGGAGGUUUUUUUAUUUCUUAAAUGUGAUUGUAAGCUUGUGCCAUAGCAAGCUACUUUUUUUUUGUUUGUUUAGAGGUGCAUUGACUUUGUAGACCAGAAAGUAACUAUGAGUGUGUAUCACGAUAAUUUCCCCCUUUAUUAGAGAAGUUGGAUAAAUUUUCAUAAGAUAUUCAAUUUCUAUUACAGAUUACCAGUGAUAUGAAGAGGAACAGAUCAACUUUUUAUGAACCUUGUACCAUAAUCCAAAUU